AUGUGCACCCACCUUGAAGUCUGCUGUGCCCACCGCCACAUGCCCAGCUGCCUCGGCAGUGGGGCCGCGCGAGUUCGUCUCACGGGCUGCAGUGCCGCCGGGUCGGCGGGAGGCGGAAUCGACGCCGAGCUGCUUGCAGACCUCGAGGAGACUUUCCCCACCCUGUACCAGGGCUGGUUGCCGCGCUGUGAGUUGCGGCAGGCCUUGGAGAAGACCGGCUUCAAUCUACCCGGUCAUGAGUUCAGGGAGCUGGAGAAGGAACUGCCCAACUUUCCGGAUGGAAAAGUCCCUUUGGAGGCAUUUGUGAUGAUCUAUUCCAAGGUUAAGGAGGCCAAAGACGUUUCGCGGUUAUUUCGAAAAGAAAAUAUCUUACGUGAAAGGCCUGAACUCAGGGUGAGGCAGAUUUCGACUAUUAAAUAA